CAAGAAACCAGUCCCUCCGUAAUUAGGAGCAGCAAAACAAAAAGAAAAACUCCGGUCGCUCCGUUCAAGUACCGCCUAUCGAAAACAAUGCCGACCGUUCGCUAGGUAGUACCCCGACAGAAGUUCUACCUCGAUAACACCACGAGGAGGUUUAAAAAUAAGCGAUCAAAAUUAUCAGACAGAAAAACUGUUUUUUUUUUCGAAGCAAAUCGGCGUUUUUUUUUCGACGCGUGUCGUGAGUGCAAAUUGCUUCUGCGGGUGUUAACAGUUUUUGUUCCUGAUUUGAAUGAAGAAGUUGAAUUCAUUGAUGAAAGACGUCGUGGCGGUGGUGAUCGUGGAAUGGUGUCCUUUACAGACAAGUAAAAACAAAUUUCCUGGAGCUCUACGCUCCCCCAACAUGGCUGUAUAGUGGUCAGAUGAGGAGGGAAAUAGUUCGAGGAACUUAAGUGAAAGCCUUCGAUAGUAUUACAUCCACGGUCGCCAUGUUGCUCCAGGCCGUGAAGAUCUACUGGAGGACGUUGUUCGUCUUCAUCUACCCCCUGGUGCUAAUGCCGAUCUUCCUCACCAAUAACACCGCGGCUUUCAGAUGCCUCUUCGUGGUGCUCUUGAUGGCAGGGUACUGGGUAUUCGAAGUUCUCCCCUUAGCAGUAACCUCCCUGCUACCAAUGGUCCUCUUCCCCCUGAUGGGCAUCCUCGACACGGACCAGACCGCCCUCUGCUACCUCAAGGAGACGAACAUGAUGUUCGUGGGCGGCCUCAUCAUAGCCAUCUCCGUCGAACACUGUAACCUGCACACGCGCGUCGCGCUCCACGUCAUUCGGCUGGUGGGGUGCAGCCCCAGGAAGCUCAACAUUGGUCUCUGCUCGGUCACGAUGUUCGUCUCGAUGUGGAUAUCGAACACCGCCGCGACGGCGAUGAUGAUCCCCAUCAUCGAGGCGACGCUGGCCGCCCUCGAAGAGCAGGGCAUCGGGCAGAAGUACGAGAGCGACGACCUCGAUGAGGAGAUCGUACACGAGAGCGCGGAGGAGAACAAGAGACCUACGAGGACGACGAUGUGCUACUUCAUCUCGACGGCUUACGCGGCGGGGAUCGGGGGGUGCGGGUGCAUCAUAGGGUCGGGUACCAAUUUGACAUUCAAGGGGUUGUACGAGACGCUGUUUCCUGAUAGUCCAGGCGUGGAAUUCACCAAAUGGAUGCUGCUCAACGUCCCCAUCAUGCUUAUCAUAAUGUAUGCCGGCAUCGUAUGGAUGCAGUACUGGUUCAUGGGUCUAUUCCGUCCCAACUCGGCGGACGCGAAGAAGAUCAAGGUCGGUCAGCAAGGCGAGGCAGUAGCCAAAAAGCUCAUCAACCAUCAGCUGGAGAAGAUGGGGCCCAUGUCGUUCCACGAGAAGGCGGUUGGCGUGUGUUUCAUCAUUUCUAUCGCGCUGUGGUUCUUCAGGAAGCCGCAGUUCGUACCGGGAUGGGCCGAACUCAUCACCGAACACAAGGUGAAAGACUCCACUGCCGCCCUAAUCGUCGUCCUCAUCCUCUUCGUGUUUCCCUCCAAACCGGACUUCAUCUACAUGUUCAGCAAGGACGAAACCAAAAGGCCUAAAGUCGCCUCCCCGGCUCUCAUCUCGUGGAAAAUCGUCCAGCAGAAAAUGCCAUGGGGAUUGAUCUUCCUUCUAGGCGGAGGGUUUGCCAUGGCAGAAGGUUCCAAAAGCAGCAAGAUGAGUCACAUGAUCGCCGAACACCUGAGGGGGUUCACGUCGCUGAACAAGUACUACGUCAUGAUGAUCUCCGGUAGCAUGGCAGCUUUACUAACCCAGUUCUCCAGCAACGUGGCUUGUGCGAAUGUUAUCCUGCCCGUCUUGGCUGAGAUGUCGGUGGACGCCAAAAUCCAUCCGAUGUACCUCAUGAUGCCAGCUGCUUUAUGCUGUUCUUACGCCUACUGCCUGCCAGUAUCAACACCUCCGAAUGCCAUCGCUGCCGCUCCCUGCAAUAUGCCGACUGGCGAAAUGGUCAAAGUCGGUCUAGGCAUGACAGUCAUCUCCUUGGUGGUUCUCUUUACGAUAUUCCCUUUUUACGGCGGCCUCAUCUGGGACUUCGACGUUUUCCCGGAAUGGGCGGUUUAAACAAUAAUUAGAAGAAGAAAUAAACUCGUUCGAAGACGAUAUCUGAUAUUCAAAUAUCACGCCCGAGAAUAACGAUUACUUCGAGUCAACUACUGGAACUGCCACGAGAACAAAAUCCUUCAACUAGUUUUUUAUUAAUAUUUUUGUCGCGAUUGUGUAAAAUAAUUGAUGAUCAAAACAGUUGUUUCAUUCCCAUAUAUUACAUGUAAGACAGGUCCCAAAACCGCUCCUUGGGGAACUUUAUUCAUCCAUUUUAAUAGUCACUGGUGAAAUGAGCUCUAGUUCAUUUAUUUUUGUAAGCCAUACAAACAUGAAGCUCGCUUUAGUAUAUUUCUCUCAUUCUCGAAAAUAUCACAGGAGUGAAUCGUAUGAAAAUAUAAAAUUCCUACAAUAUUCAUAUUUCCCUUCGCGGUAUCAUUCAGUUUGAGUUUCUCCCAAUGACUUUUAUCACGAUUUGAUUUAGUCGAAUGAAUAGAAAAUUUGAAUAUUUAUUAAAAUGUGAACGUUUAGUAUUGUUAUAUAAGGACAAUGUAUUUUUCAAAAAAAUAUGUGAAUAAAAGUGUUCAAAAU